AUGACUGACAGCGAUGAGAAAAUGCAGAAAGCAAGGCGGCUCGCCCUGGGCGUGCUGGUGCAGCUGGUGCCGUGCCUGUCCUGCGUGCAGCUCGUUCUGCUGCGAGCAGUCCAGAUAAUGGAGGCCUUGGUGGCCGACAAGAAGGCGGCGAAGCUGGCGGCGCUGUGGAUGCUCGGAGGUCACGUCGUCCUGUCGGCAGGCUUCGCCUCUGUCACGUGGCUGGCGGGACGGCGACACCUGCUGCUCCUCUCUGCCGUUAUGACAGCCAUGUGUGUGGCCUUACUGCGUCCGCUCGACCACCUCGCGUUCAGCGUCUGGUCCCGGGAGGAGUCACCCGGACAGACCAACUGGCCCGGUGUGCGGGCCGUCGGCCUGCUGCUGGCCAGCUACUCCAUAGGGCUGUGCCACGUGCCGGCGUUGCUGGUCGCCGAGCUGCUGCCCGGUCGCGUGCGGACCGUGGGCGUGGCGGGCGCCUGGACGGGGCGCUGGCUGCUCGCGUUCGUGUUCGUGCACUUGGAUGGCUGGGUGCUGACGGCGGCUCGCUACAGCGGCUCGCUGCCGUUUUGCGCGGUGCUGCUGGCCUGUGCCGUGGCCGUGUUCGCGCUGGCGCCCGAAACCGAAGGCCGCACACUCAUCGCCAUCCAGAAGGAGCGCUGA